UGGUUACUCGUUGCAAAAUGGCGGCUUCUGAGCAAGCGCCAGUCUUCGUGCAACCGCAACGGGAAAUUUUGAGUCAAAAGGAUCUGAUAAAGUGGGAGAAGUCUCAGGCAUACAGUGAUUAUCUUGGAUUUGUCAUCACCCUGAAUGAUGCUGUCAAAGGAAAGUCAAUGUCAGCAGAUUGUCAUGUAUCUGAGGCUUCAAAUAAACUGAUUGAUAUGUUAGAAACCAUGGAUACAUGGAUUGGUGAAAUUCCACCCAUUGACCAACCACAGCGGUUUGGAAACAAGGCUUUUAGGACAUGGUGUGGUAAGCUGGAAGAGAGUGCCAACUCUUUCAGUGAAGCACUUCUCCCUGAAAAGUUUCUGGGAGCCAGCACAGAACUUGCAGCAUAUCUAAAAGAUGGCUUUGGCAACAAAACAAGAAUAGACUAUGGAACAGGUCAUGAAGCUUGUUUUGUUGCUUUUUUGUGCUGUUUGUUUAAACUCAGAGUGUUGGACCAGAGUGACUAUGUUUCGAUAGUGUUUAAAGUGUUUCAAAGGUAUUUAAAACUCAUGAGAAGGUUGCAGCUAACAUACAGGAUGGAGCCAGCUGGCAGUCAAGGGGUAUGGGGACUGGAUGAUUUUCAAUUUCUCCCUUUCAUCUGGGGGAGCUCUCAGUUGAUUGGCCAUCCUAGUUUACAACCAGAGGACUUUGUUAAACCAACUGUUUCAGAACGUCAUCACGAGGAUUAUAUGUUCUUAGGCUGCAUCAGGUUUAUUGACGAGAUGAAAACAGGACCUUUUGCAGAACACUCUAAUGUAUUAUGGGGUAUAAGUUCUGUGAAAACUUGGGACAAAGUCAACUCUGGUUUGAUAAAAAUGUACAAAGCUGAGGUCCUCUCCAAGUUUCCUGUCAUACAGCACUUUGUUUUUGGAACUUUACUGUCUAUACAAGAAGCAGAAGUGUUUAAGAAACCAUUGUAAAAGUUAUAUGUAAUAUUGUUUUUUUUAGUUGAUUUAUUUAUAGUAAGCGAAGGAAAAAGUUGUCAACUGCACAGUGUAUCUAAAAUAAGUUUUAUAUGAAAAUACUAUAAAUUAUCAUGCUCAAUGAAAUGUAGUUUCACGGACUACUAGUCCUUAGCGACAGGGUUCAGUUGGCGCUGGUCACAAAAAGUCGAGGAAAUGCUGGUAAAUUUGAAAAUCGUCAAAGGGGCUUUAGUUGAGAUGAUUAUCUCGUGGGGUUAAUCAAGAUUAAGUUAUUCCAUUCGCCUCUUCAUUGGUUGCCGCGGAAUCUCUGAUUUCGAAGUAGUAUUUCACUCCAGUAUUUUGGGGGAGUUAAUAGACUUUUAGGAAAACAAUGCCAAGAUAAAUGCAAAAGUAACCCAUAUCUUAGCUUGACUCCUGGUUCAGGGGAUUUUCAAGCGCUGCAACUCAAUGCGUUUGCGCAUGUUUGUACGUCAACAAACUGCCCAGAGCAGUCGGGUCUCAAGAAUGGAACUUAGCUUUGUAGUUAUACAAGGCAUUUUUUAUAUGGCGUCGGGCUAUACAUAACAACUCCCCAAGCUGCUGUUCAAUUUCUACCCAUAUAUGGUAAUGUCAAGAUAACGUGUGACGUCAGAAGAACAAACUUCUGUUGUGCUACGGAGAGGGAACCAUUGCUUCUUCCCAUGGAGGAUCUUUGUUCUACCUGUUCUACAUUGAACCAUUACUUGUUUCAGCUUUUUAAUUAUAGAAAUAAUUUAAUACACUUCGUCAAUGGUGUUUUAACCCACUCUUAUGUGCCCCCUACAACACUAGCAGACGUCUGCACAUUGAGUAUAAGAAGAGUGACGACACUGCUCGUGACAUGCAUUUAUUUUGUAAAUUUCUUCUCCGUCCAGCCGACAAAACAAUGUGAAUGACCAAAGACGUGAUCUUGUGGCGGUCAUUGACGCUUGCGAUAAGUUUUACGUUUUAGAUGUUAUUCUAAGAGGAUUAUCAUGGGCAGAAAGAAAUGCGGGAUAUAAGGAAAAAUGUAAAUAGAGACGUGAUUUCCCUCGUGGCUGCUUAAAACAAGAUGACGUCACAGACACGACGACCACCGCAGUUUUGUGUUGCUGAGAUUUUUAUGUAGUUUUAACUCUUCCAGUUGAUAAGCAGCAUCGUAAGGUAAUCGAAAUUCAGGUUAUGUUAGAGACUAUGAAUGUUGGCGAAAAAUGUUUAGGCUUUCGUUGGAUUUUAUUCUUGUUUCGUGACAGACGAAUUCAGUGGACUGAGACAAUGGUCCAAUAUAUAUAUAUAUCGAGGCGGUUGUAUUAGCUGCUAAGUAACUGUUAAAUGUAAGCUGAAGUGUAGAAAACAUUCAUGCAUUUAAACUUAGAGACAAAAAUAUCGACUCUGAUCUAAGCACCGGCAACGUGACGUCAUGGGAACCAAGACUACCAAGGGGCUUGGCAAAGCGACUAACGGUAGUCACCCAGACGUUGAUCCUGCAGAUGUACGGACACAUCUUAAAUUUAUUGCCCGCCGUCUGCAAAAGGACAACGUAUAAAUGAUAACAUUAUAUAGGUAAUGUUUCUAUUGAGAUAAGAGUUUCACUUUUUGCCAUAACCCCUGGGGCUGAAGGGCCGGGGUAUAAAAGUUUGUUUGUAGACGAGUUCGAUAGACUGAAAAACCGCGACGUACUAAGAUCACUAAGGGAAAAUGUAAAUUCUUGAAGUAUUUGAUAAAAUGCGGCCACAUAGCUCCCAAGAAACUAUCAAAUGUAUACUUUCAGUACCCUAACACCACCAGGACAACGUGGCGUCACCGGAACCGAGCGGUUAGUUAACGACAAGCUCUGUGGACUGA